AUGCCUGACCUGGGUCUGGAGGGGAAAAAGGACUGAGCCUGCUGGUGUUGACCUGCCUAUGUGGAGAGGGGAGAAUACAGCCUCUGCCACCUGCAGUGAAUGGCCAUGUCAAUCUAUUUCAUUUCCAAAUGGAUGGCAGCAGCAAGUUCUAGAGGGCUCUUGUCUUUGUGUCCCAUGGAGCUGGGGAGCACUGCGGCCGCUAUGAUGAGCUGGCUCAGAUGCUGGUAGGAUUGGAGCUGCUGGUGUUUGCCCAUGACCAUGUAACUAUGAGAGUGAGUAGCCCUUUGAUGCUUCACAAGGCCCAAACUCAGAAUGGAGUUAGUGAACUCUCCGCAAGUGCCUCAGUUGGCCAUGGACAGAGUGAAGGGGAGAGGAUGGUAGUGUCCGACUUCCACAUUUUUGUCAGGGAUGUGUUACAGCAUGUGGAUGUUGUGCAGAAAGACUACCCAGGGCUGCCUGUCUUCCUUCUGGGCCACUCCAUGGGAGGUGCCAUCGCCAUUCUCACAGCUGCAGAGAGACCGGGCCACUUCUCUGGCAUGGUUCUCAUCUCACCUUUGGUUCUGGCCAAUCCUGAGUCUGCAACAACUUUCAAGGUCCUUGCUGCGAAGGUUCUCAAUCUUGUCCUACCAAACAUGUCUCUGGGCCCAAUCGACUCCAGUGUGCUCUCUCGGAAUAAGACGGAGGUCGACCUUUAUAACACAGACCCUCUCAUCUGCCGGGCAGGACUAAAAGUGUGCUUUGGCAUCCAGCUGCUCAAUGCUGUCUCGAGGGUGGAGCGGGCCCUCCCCAAGUUGACUUUACCCUUUCUGCUGCUCCAGGGCUCUGCUGACCGCUUGUGCGACAGCAAGGGGGCCUACUUGCUCAUGGAGUCUGCCAAGAGCCAGGACAAGACACUCAAGAUUUACGAAGGUGCCUACCACGUUCUCCACAAGGAGCUUCCUGAAGUAACCAACUCUGUCUUCCAUGAAAUAAACAUGUGGGUCUCUCAAAGGACGGCAGCAGCAAGAACAGGGUCCCCACCCUGAGUGCACUGUCCAGGCACAGUUGGGAAAGUGGGCAGAGGAAGGGCAGAAGCUGACCUCUCAGAUGUAGCUUGCAAAAA